AUGGCCAUUACCAAUCGACUGGCAAAAGCCAACCGGACCUGCAAAGUCUUUAUCAAGGUGGUUGACGAGGAGACUCAAUUGAGACGAAGCUUGGAGGAAAGGCUGGCGAUUAUGGAAAAAGAAAAACGAACAGCACAACUUGAACCAAGACUGAAGACAGCAGAAGCCGAAAUCGAAAGUCUGCAAAGCGAGUUCGGCAAAUUCGAAUCACCUGAUGGAAAGAUCUUUGACAUCGAAGAGGACCUAAACGACCUGGGAAGCAAAUACGAGAAUAUGAGCGAGGUGAUGGUCACUAAAGACAACAUGGAAGAUUUCGGAAAAGAUCUUCUGCGUGAAGUUGGGAGAAGAAUGAUGGGCGAUGAUCAUUGA